UUACUAGAGCUCUAUUGAACACAGAGGAUGACUAUAUUCCGGAAUCUACGGAAGCCUAAUGGAGUACACAGUGAUGUAGUCCUUACUCUCAAAGCAGCGAACACAGGCCCCUUAUAAUAAUAGAGCACCAACGUACUGUAGACAAAGAAUUCAUGAAAAGGGCUAUAGGAUACUGUCUUCAAGCGAGCAAGAGGUUUGGUGCGGACCCGAUUAUUUUAAUUGUAUGCGUCGAAUCAGUUGAGGUUUCUGUAAAAGAAUCCUUUAGAAAAUGUGACAAUUUGCCUUGUUAUACAGACUUGUGUGAUUUGUGAGCAGAUCAGUUCUAUACUUUCGACAAGAAUAGCAUACAAGAUGAUACUAUCAAGGGCUCUGAAUUUGACCCACUUGUUGCUUUCGAUAUGUUCUUUACAAAUCAGGCCACAUCCAUCGAUCUGGCCCCAAGAAACACAGAUUCAAUUAUGAAUAUGUUGUAUCGAAUGUCUCUUGAUGUUUACGGAAAGGCUCUUGAACAAGACGUUCAGUCGUUAAAAGAACUAAAGCGGCUGAACGAUACCUAUUACGCUCAGUAUGAAGAGAUCCUUAGCCUUUUGAAGGGCAAGAGUACUUCAAAAAGCAGCACUAUAGAAUACAUGUCACAAGCUGCUAAAUACAACAAGCAACAAAAAAGAAAAUCAGAUGAGCUCUUUACAGAAGAUGACAUUGAGGGGUAUCAGAAUGAGCGUCCCAGAUGUCAGAGGACUACAACUGACUCAAGUGUUACAUUCCAAUUGACGUUGAAAUACAAGUCAAAUAUUGAAUCGGAAGCAUCAAAAUCAUCGACAUCUAGACAAAGAUCAGAUGUGAAUAACAGCACAAGCUCUACUAUAGUUCCAAUUUCAGCUGAAGAUACAGAUGGAAGCAGUGCUAGUGUUGUAGAUAGUAUUGAUGCACAUAGUAUAUCUGAGAUUGAUGAAUAUGAUGAUAUUGGUUUUGAUGUCACUCCUGAUAUAGUUGAUAAUGAACAAGCAACGACUUCUAAAUAUGAAGAAAGAAUGGACUUGAAUGUCGUCCCUAAUGUAACGCAAAAGACGCUGAAAAUGGCAUCUCGGUGGAACUCAACCCUGACAACUUUAGGUAAUUUAUCAACGACCGUUGAUUCAAGAAAAGGAAAAGGCAACAAAAUCAAAAAAAAAAGUAUAUAAACCCAAAACUCUCUCAUUCAAAAAUGAAUCAGUCAGCAAUUCACCAUUAAUUUUAUUUUUAUUUUUAUACAAUAAACAGGC